UAAGAGAGCCAGCAUUCCUCCAGGGCUGCCUAGACCUCAGCCAGUCAACACUGUGGAACUAGCCUCUCUGCUGAGGUCUGAGCCCUGAGCACCUUCCCAUCAAGGCAAAGGAUCUCCAAGACCCAGAGCUGGUUUACUACUUGAUGUCAGGUUUGUGGUCCCUACAGAAGGUCCUCUGGGCACCUGGAGUGAAGACUAUGCCUGCCUCACAGGGCUGUCAUGGGCAUAAAAUGGAUAGAGGGCUUGGAACAGAGUCUAGCACGUAGUAAGAACUCAAUAAAUGUUAUCUGUUCUAUAAUCAUUAUUCUCAUUACCUUUGCUACUACCAUCACUCACACUCACACUGAGAAAAUGGCAGGGGGCCUCCUAAAUGCCUCCACCCUCAUGCCUUGUGAGGAAGAGAACACCACUCAGAGAAGUCCAGAGCCACGUGGGACAAAUGAUAAUCAUGAACUUGGCAUCAGUACCAAACUCCUUUUACCAAUUUCACUCACAGGCACCAGGAGAGUUUCCCAGGAUCUUAGCCCCUGAAGGAGCAGCCCAUGCACCCCUCUCAGCAGUGAACCAUCCUGCCACUGAGAAGCACCAAGUAGCCAGUGGAAGCCCUCACCAAGCCCCCCCAUCAGAGUCAAAGUGCUGUGACUCUCCCCUCAAGAUAUUGAUGACUAUGUUGAAGUUGGUGCCCUUCCUGGUGUUCCUCAAGCAGUCCUUCAGAAGCUCAUCAACCUUUGUUCCAAGGAGUGAAUGACUGUGUCUUGAGACUCCACCAGCCCAUUCACAAAGAGUAGGAAGUCUUUCUCAAUGUGAUAAGAUGAGCCAAGCACAUAAGCAACAACCUUGAAGCUGAAUGUAACAAAGCAAGAAGAUGGCUAAGAUUAGCACCCAAUACUCCCACCCUACUGUAAGAACCAGGGACAGAGAUCUGGACCACGUUGAAAAUGGCCUCAGCAGGGUCCACUCGCCUUGCGAGGAGACUUCAUCAGAACUGCAGCAGGAGAUCGCCAUGGAGACCAGACGACUGGCUGAAUCCAGGCGAAACUCCUACACCAGCCAGGGGCCCUCCAGGUUGUCUCGCCUGAUCAUCUCACUGCGAGCAUGGGCCACCGGGCACUUACACCACGAGGACCAGAGACCUGACUCCUUCCUGGAGCGUUUCCGUGGAGCUGAGCUCAAGGAGGUAUCCAGCCAAGAAAGCAAUGCCCAGUCAAAUGUUGGCAGCCAGGAGCCACCAGACAGAGGGAGAAGCAGUGGCUGGCCGCUGGCCAGAAACAACACCAACAUGUGCAACAACUCAGAGGAUGACAAGGCGAAAAAGGAGGAGAAAGAAAAAAAGGAAGAAGAGAAAAAGAAAAACGGCACAAAACAAGAGGAAAACAAGAAGGACACCAUGGUGGUGGACCCCUCCAGCAACGUGUACUACCACUGGCUGACGGUCAUCGCCCUGCCUGUCUUCUAUAACUGGUGUCUGCUGGUAUGCAGGGCCUGUUUCGAUGAGCUGCAGUCUGACCACGUGAUGCUGUGGCUAGUCCUGGACUACUCCGCAGAUGUCCUCUAUGGCUUGGAUCUGCUGGUGCGAGCUCGGACAGGCUUCCUUGAGCAAGGCUUGAUGGUCAAGGAUGCACAGAGGCUGUGGAAGCAUUACACAAAGACCGUGCACUUCAAGCUGGACAUGUUGUCCCUGGUCCCCACAGACCUGGCUUAUUUUAAGUUGGGUGUAAACUACCCAGAGCUGAGGUUCAACCGCCUACUGAAGCUUGCCCGGCUCUUUGAGUUCUUUGACCGCACAGAGACCAGGACAAACUACCCUAAUUUAUUCAGGAUUGGGAACUUGGUCUUAUACAUCCUCAUCAUUAUCCACUGGAAUGCCUGCAUCUACUUCGCCAUUUCCAAGUUCAUUGGUUUUGGGACAGAUUCCUGGGUCUAUCCAAACAUCUCAAACCCAGAGUAUGGUCGCCUCUCUAGGAAGUACAUUUACAGUCUCUAUUGGUCCACCUUGACCCUGACCACCAUCGGAGAGACCCCACCCCCUGUGAAGGAUGAGGAGUAUCUGUUUGUGGUCAUAGACUUCCUAGUGGGAGUCUUGAUUUUUGCCACCAUUGUCGGCAAUGUGGGAUCCAUGAUCUCAAACAUGAAUGCUUCACGGGCCGAGUUCCAGUCCAAGAUUGACUCCAUUAAGCAGUAUAUGCAAUUCCGCAAGGUGACCAAGGACUUGGAGACACGGGUGAUCCGGUGGUUUGACUACCUGUGGGCAAACAAGAAGACAGUGGAUGAGAAGGAGGUGCUCAAGAGUCUCCCAGACAAGCUGAAGGCCGAGAUCGCCAUCAACGUGCACCUGGACACUCUGAGGAAGGUCCGCAUCUUCCAAGACUGCGAGGCGGGGCUGCUGGUGGAGCUUGUGCUCAAGCUGCGGCCCGCAGUGUUCAGCCCAGGGGAUUACAUCUGCAAGAAGGGAGACAUUGGGAGGGAGAUGUACAUCAUCAAGGAGGGCAAGCUGGCUGUCGUGGCCGACGAUGGGAUUACCCAGUUCGUGGUCCUCAGUGAUGGGAGUUACUUUGGGGAGAUCAGCAUCUUAAACAUUAAGGGAAGCAAGGCGGGGAACCGCAGGACAGCCAACAUCAGGAGCAUUGGUUACUCAGACCUGUUCUGCCUUUCCAAAGAUGAUUUGAUGGAGGCUCUCACUGAAUAUCCAGAAGCCAAGAAAGCUCUGGAGGAGAAGGGACGGCAGAUCCUGAUGAAGGACAACCUGAUUGACGAGGACGUGGCCAAGGCUGGGGCGGACCCCAAGGAUAUUGAGGAGAAGGUAGAGCACCUGGAGUCCUCCCUGGACACCCUGCAGACCAGGUUUGCACGGCUCCUGGCCGAGUACAAUGCCACCCAGAUGAAAGUGAAGCAGCGUCUCAGUCACCUGGAAAGCCAGGUGAAGAUGUGUGGGAGCGACCUUCUGUCUGAUGGGGGUGCUCCUGGGGAUGCUGCAAAAGCAGAGACCAAACAAGAGUGAAAUGCAGGUGUCCAUCUCCUGCUUCCCAGAGUCAGCCAUCCGUGUGAUGCAUUGUGACCGCAGCUGCACAGCCCAGGACUCGGCAGGGUUGCAUUCCAGUUCUCCUUACCCUUUGCAACUGUGUGGCCCUGAGAGAGAGCCUCAGUUUCCUCAUCUAGAAAUGGGGACUCAUGCCAGCCCCACUGAAGUGGGAGGUUUCUGUGAUGUCCACAUGGAACACUGCAUAAGGCAGGACUUUGUAUAAUGGGAGGUGUCCCCAAUCCACGCAUAUGAAAGUGUGGGCACAGAACUCUUAUUUUUUUAAUCCACGAGGAAUUUUGAGACUUUGAACUUUCUUUUCUUGUAAAUGGAAGAUUAUUUAGUCGUCUACCCCUUCUCGCACCCCACUCCACCAGCUUCUCAUAAGGGAGAUGUAACAGAAGCUAGAAGUGCAAUGUGGGAUCUCAAAUCCAUCCUUACACGAGACAGUUUGGGGCACAUUUCUGAAUCUGGUUUCUCCUCAUGUACUCUUUGGGACCCUCAAAAUCCUGGCCUUUGGUCGUGCUAUGAUAAGCACAAGGGAUGAAGCCAGGUCACCCCAUUUGAGGUCACUUUGAGCCUAUGAAGCAAAUCCAGACUCCCCGCCAUCCAGCCCCUGUGAAACUGGAAUCUGUUUAGAAAAGAAUAUUUUGAUGAGAGAAAGAGACAUCUCCUAACUCACCAAAGGAUUUAAAGACAGCCUCUCCCCUCGUUCCUCAGUCAGGAACAGGGACAGCCUGUUCUGGCUUGAGGAGGAGAAUUAUGCUCUGGGAGAGCCUUUCAGGUGGAAGGUUGGAAUGGGGUCCUGGGUCAAGCAAAGCUGACAACUAGAAAUUUUUAGAAGAUCGGACCCUUAGGCCAUAUCUUUGCAAACUGCCCCUCCUCUCAAAGAAGCAGCCUCACUCUCCCUUGGAAUUCUACCCCAAGGCAAAGCUCUCAGCUAGCAGGAAGUGUGCACAGUGAAGGACCUAGCUUUUUUCCUUUUUUAAUCUGGUAAAUAGAAUUCCAUUACCAUCAUAUAAGAUAUUUCUGUAUUUGGAUUCUAUGAUUGCGAAUUAUAACCUUAAUGGUCCACUUAAAUACAUAUUGUAAAUUACCCAAAGGUGAGUCACUUUUCUGUUGCAGAGAAGCUAUAUGUACAGGUUUUCCUUCUCUGUCUCCUCCUUCCCUCCCUCCCUCCCUCCCUCCUUUCUUCUUUCCUCCUUUCCUCUCUCUCUCUCUCCCUCCUUUCCUUCCCUCUCCCUUCUCCCUCCCUCCCUCUCUUCCUCCCUUCCUUCUUUCUCUUCCAACUUCUUCUUUUUCUUCUCAGAAAACAAUGCCCCAUUUUGCUUUGGGAACUUCAAAACCUUUGUGGUCUGAUGUUAUAAUCCAUAUGCUAUACAACUGGACCCUAAUGUAGUUCAUACAAAAGGUGCUGCAUUUUCAAGUAUGUAUUUUGGAUUUAUAUGAGUCUCUUCUGAUUUUUAUUAUGGAUCAUGUGACCAUUUUUAACUUUCUAAAACAAAUUUAAAAGGACUAUUAAAGGAAGAUGUGAUCCAAGCCCAUAUCAUCAGCAAACUGUAACUAGCAAUGUAUUCUCCAAAUGCAUAUAUUUUAAAAAGCCUUAACUAUUAAUUAUGCCUAUGUUUAUAUUUGCACAAGAAAAAUAGAGACCUGGAUUUAAAAAAUA